UAACAACACAUCAACAUUCUCACACGUGCGCGGUGAAACAAGUGGGAUGCUGUCAACGGAGAACGUGUCUUGAAUUUGUUUUCUGAAAAUCUACAUGCUGAUAACUGUCAUACUAUAUCUUUCUGCUUAGACGUUUGUCUGGUAAUCCAGGAAGGUCCUGAUCGUAUUCAGGGAGCGUGUGUCAUAUUCGUUUUUAGUUUAAAAUUAGAUUGAAAAUUUAUGUCAACAUAAAUUUGCGUGUUGUUGUGACUUGUGAUCUAGAGACUAGACCCGCCAAACUUUUGCGGAUCAGCAAACGGGGGCUUCACGCCAGCAGUCCAGUGCUCUGAAUCCGCAGCUUCCAUCUCACUGAACACCAACUUCUGUCUUCUGUUCUGUUUUGCUUUGCCACUUUUCUUAAAAUCAAUCAUCAUGCCAGGAGAAUUAUCAGAGUAUGAAAAGCGUCGAUUGAAGAAUAUCGAAGAAAACAAGCGAGUUUUAGCUGGACUUGGCAUUCUGAAACCGUUCAUUGCUCCAAAGAAGACAAGUGGAAUCAAGAGGAAACGUCCAUCUACUGCAUCACCAAGAACACCCAAGACACCACGCCUGACAGACGCUGGACCUGAUGGAGGCAGCGACUAUUCACCCUUUGGCAGAAGGCAGUCUCGCAGGUUGCGGGGAAGUCAACCGAUGGAAGGUGGUGAUGUUGAUCUUGAAGCAUUGGAACACAGCCUUGAUCACCAAGAUGCAGACUACAAACCAGUCAAGAGAGCUCCCAGAGAUAACACCUUUGGAUCCAUACCAGGUAUUGAAAUUGGAACAACUUGGGAGAUGAGAAUGGAGUGCUCCAGGGAUGGGGUGCAUCGACCUACCGUCUCUGGUAUCCAUGGUAACGAAGAUGGUUGUUACUCGGUCGCGUUGUCCGGUGGCUAUGAAGAUGAUGUGGACAUGGGUGAAUGCUUUACCUUCACAGGACAGGGUGGAAGAGACCUUAAAGGUACCAAGAAUAAUCCUAAGAACCUGAGAACAGCGCCACAGUCCAAGGAUCAGACCUUAGAAAGAGGGAAUCUAGCCUUAAGCAAGAAUGUAGAAAUGGGGAAUCCUGUCCGAGUCAUCAGAGGUUACAAGUCGUCAAGUCCCUACGCUCCAGAGGAUGGAUAUCGUUAUGAUGGUCUGUACUCCGUAGAGAAGUUCUGGUUCACCACAGGUCUCUCUGGGUUUGGGGUUUACAAGUUUGCCUUCAAGCGAUGUCCCGACCAGGCCCCGCCCCCAUGGGAGGUGGAUCAGGAUGAAGAGAAGAGAGAGAAGGAGGAGUGUUCAUCGGAUAGUGGCUUCACAGAACAUUCGGAGGGAGAUCAAGUGAAGGUUGAAGAGGACAAGAGUAGUGAGACUGCCGAGGACAUCAGUGAACUCUCACCAGCCAGCAGCCCUCAGAGCAGUCACUGAUUGGUCAAACUGUUAUAAUGUCAUCAUUUAUGGAGCUAUGAUUGGUCUAAAUGUUAUGGCAUCACCAGCAAGCGAGCAGCUGUGAUUGGUCAAUUGUUUGUGUUAUGAUUAGGUUGAGUGUAAUUAAGUACUAAUCAGUAAUGAUAUCAUUAUUUGAUAUUGGCCAUCAUUACAUCAACAGUAAGUUAGAUGUUAUUGGAAAGCCUGCGUUUUUAUCAUUUUAUCAAUCUUUCUAUGAUCAUUAUGUCUUCCAAUUUCUGUUUCAUGUAUGUGUUGUUCAAUAGUGUAGUGUA